AUGAUUAUCAGGCAGCAAGAAGCAAGGACAGUCAUUCCUGAGAGAUGGGAAACAAAUGAGGUGAAGUAUGAAGCAUGGCACCUCCACCCCAAGUUAUGUGAAAAGCUAAGAGAAGAUGAACCUUUGCUUGACCCUAUGGCCCUAUAUGAAAGUGAAGAUGGUUAUUUUAGAGGGCCUGAUAAGGGAUAUGACAUUCUUGAAGACCUUUAUAGAACAACUGCCUUUAAGGAUUUCAUUUUAAACAAGGGCUAA